GUGAGUCCUUAACGAAAACAAGGAACUUUGUUCUGGACUGGUGUCAGAAGGAGAAAAUAGAUCCUUUACCUUGGGCUGACAAAGUACCCAAUGAGAGACUCAAAAUCUUCUAUUCUGCGAGUACAAUACGUCCACCCUCAGAUAAAGACACAAACUGCAAAAUUCCCAAAUACGCACGGAGUAUUUUAUUUUGUAUCUUGUUGGCAAGUGGUUACAGCAUUGCCCCCGAAAGCGAUAACUGGAGAAGAAAAUUCGCAAAAAUAAGAGAGGAAUUUUGUAUGUCAGAAACACGAGCUGAACAUGAAGAUCUAGAGAUCAUCAAGGAAUUAGUUGGGAAAUCGGCGCUACUCACAAAGACUGGGCAUAGGAUUACUUUUAAGUCGGAAAAUAUCAAACAUGAAGUCAUGACUGACUUCGUGAUUCACUGCCUCAGAACUGACAAGAACUACGAAUCAUACCUAAAGCUGACCUCAGAAGAUUCAGUAAUAGAAUACUGCACAUUUUGGGAAUAUCGCAACCUUACCAACGAAAGAUGCCUGUAUAUUCCAAAAUUCUUAGAAGAUUUGCUUAUGGAGAAAUUGAAAAUAUUAGCAGUACUUUACAACAAAAACAUUUGGUAUACUGGCAUUGACAAAGAGAAGAUAUCGAGAACAUAUGACAUUCCGCUCGCAGUAUUCGAUAUUGAUGACGUGGCAUUAUUGGCCAGAUUCGUCGAGUUUGUCAUACAAAAGGGAAUUGAUAGGGCGAAUCUGAAUAGCAUACUUUGUUCCAUUUUCAUUUUUCAUCAGACAGUCAGAAGUGAAGAUGAUUUUCACAAAGGAUCCCAUGAACAUUUCUCUGAUAAAUCCCGAGUGUUACCCUACAAUUUAUUGAGGAGAGCGAGACAGCUAUAUCUAUCGCCAAAGAACGAUCCAGAAUCACGUGAUACCGAUGUACUCAACCAGCAGAUGUACAUUGAUGGAGGCAUUCAGAACCUUUCCUUAUCUCCCAAAGAAUGGGCUAUACUAAUAUUCAUAUUGCUGGCAGAUGACUACCUUAUCACCAUAGACAGGUUAUCAGAGACAAAAGAAAGAAGUAUGCAACAAGCGUUUCCACUGCUGCAAGAUGUUACACUUCUAUCUGACAUAGAAUACAUGACACAACUAGGGAAAUAUGACAACGUUCUGACGAUAGAUAAAGACAAAAGAAUUAUCAGGUUUGCAUCAGACGAAAUCCGUCAUCAAGUGAUGAGCUACUUUGUCCUGAAUUGUCUUAAAACAGAUGAGGACUACAAGAACUAUAUCAGGCUGUCUUCAGUGGAUUCUUUGUUGGAGUAUGUACGUAGAUGGUGGCCCGAGAGGGUAGGAAAAGAACGGUGCUUAUAUUUAACAGGGACGUUGGAGAGGACGAUUUCAUAGAAAACUUGGGGAUAGAUGCUUUACGACACGUCAUG